AUGGUCAAGAAGGCAAGCGAAAAGUGGCGGAUGUGUACCGACUACACGGAUCUGAACAAGGCAUGCCCGAAGGAUGCCUAUCCCUUGCCACAGAUUGACGCACUUGUCGACGGGGCGGCAGGCCAUCAAAGAUUGAGCUUCCUAGACGCUUACUCGGGAUACAAUCAAAUACCUAUGUACCCGCCUGAUGAAGACAAGACCGGGUUUAUCACUGAUUCGGCCAAUUAUUGCUACAGGGUGAUGCCAUUCGGCUUGCGAAACGCAGGAGCAACCUACCAGCGUCUCAUGGACAAGAUCUUCCGUCGACAGAUCGGAACUUGUAUGGAAGUAUAUGUUGACGAUAUGGUGAUUAAGUCGACAUCCCCAGAUGACCACUUGAGAGACCUUACCACCAUUUUUGACGAAGUGAGGCGACAUCGUAUGCGAUUGAACCCGACCAAAUGCACCUUUGGAGUUGCCGGGGGAAAGUUCUUAGGUUUCAUGCUAUCCAAGAGAGGCAUAGAGGCGAAUCCCGACAAGUGUCAGGCAAUCAUCAGCAUGAGAAGCCCCGACAACGUAAAGGAAGUCCAACGGCUGGCUGGCCGUAUCGCCUCCCUGGCUUGUUUCUUGCCGUGCAUGGCGGAAAGGGCGAGGCCGAUAAUGUCUUUGUUAAAAAAGGCAAGAAAAGGCCAAUGGACGGAGGAGUGUGAGUCUUCAUUCCAAGACUUCAAGAAAAGGUUGGCGGCCCCGCCCCUACUAGCCAAGCCAAACCCCCUUUUAGAGAUGAUCGUCUAUAUCUCCGUGUCAGACAAAGCUAUCAGCACGGUCCUAGUACAAGAGCAAACGGAACAAAUACAAAUAUAUUUCAUCAGCCGAGUUCUACAAGAAACAGAGCCCCGAUAUCAACAUCUUGAGAAGACAGUCCUAGCUCUCGUACACACGGCCCGUCGUCUUCGGCACUUCUUCCAGAGCCACAAAGUAGUUGUCAGGACGGACUGCCCGAUCGUCAAGGUCUUGCGGAAGCCCGAACUAGCAGGGCAAAUGGGUAGUGGAGCCGGCAUCAUACUCGAGGGCCCUGGUAAAGUAGUAAUUGAACAGUCAUUACGGUUCGGCUUUAAGACCUCCAAUAACCAAGCCGAGUACGAAGCCCUCCUAGCCGGCCUGCGAUUGGCAAGCGACUUAGGUGUUGGUAGGAUUAAAUGUUGGAGUGAUUCGCAAGUGGUGACAGGACAGGUCAACGGCACCUUCCAAAUAAAAGAACCAACUUUGCUCUUGUACUUCCAUGCGUUCCACAAGUUGAAGAGAAAAUUUGAUGAUGUAUCUGUUGAGCACAUACCCCGUGAACUCAACACAAGAGCCGAUCAAUUGGCCAGGUUAGCUAGUAGCAAGAAGAUUAGCCACCUACGCAGCAUGAUACAACAAGAACUCCAUAAACCUAGCAUCACCCGAGAAGAAUGUUUGCACGUACAACAAGGCGUAACCAAUUGGAUGACAUGCAUAAUUGAAUAUAUCUUGAAUGGAACACUACCGACCGACCCUUUGGAAGCAAAGAAAAUGAGAACAAGGGCGGCCCGGUAUACCAUGAUAGCCGGUGAGCUGUACAAACGCGGUGUCUCGACACCUCUCCUGAAGUGUCUAGCACCCGAACAAGCACAUUAUGUCUUGCGGGAAAUUCAUGAAGGCGUGUGUGGAACUCAUUCAGGAAGUCGAACUCUCGCAGCUAAGAUAAUUCGGGCCGGUUAUUACUGGCCCACUUUGACAGCCGAUUGCGCCAAGUUUGUGCAAUCCUGCAAACAAUGUCAGCAACAUGGGCCCCUGACACAUCAACCUCCGGAAGAGCUCCAUUCCAUAACCACCCCAUGGCCAUUUUCCAUUUGGGGCAUGGACAUCCUAGGACCAUUCCCGCCAGGCAAGGGGCAAGUGAAGUUCCUCGUGGUGGCAGUAGAUCACUUUACUAAGUGGAUUGAAGCAGAAGCGUUGACCACCAUCACGGCCAACAAUGUUCAAAAGUUCUUCUGGAAGAACGUCAUUACCCGUUUCGGAAUACCAUAUGCCUUGAUAACAGACAAUGGUCUAUAA